AUGGACUGCACAUUGGCCUCUGUUGCUGAGCAGUUGAGCCCUGGCGGGAUAGCGCAAUCUGCCCCCAAUUUCAACUUCCCCGAGCUCCCGCUUGGCACCGAUAAUUCAGGGGCCACACUGGCCAUGAGGCACCCCGAGCUCGACGACGACGAUGCUACCCUGGACCCCAGUAUCACAUCCAAGUUCUUGACCAUAGCCACGGCGGCAGCAGGGCGGACUCUCCGCGGUUUGAAAAGACGAUAUCUGGUCGGCGAGACUGUGCAGAACAGAAAGCCCGGCGUUGCAGCGGGCUGA